AUGGAAGUCCCCAUUCCUGAUAAACUAUUCUAUCUACAAGACGUGGAAGUUCACAAGAUGUACACAGUUUUCUUUGUAUUGUGUCUUUUAUUUUGUGUAACUGUGACAUUUAUUUCCAAUAGUUACUGUAUGGAUACAAAAUGCAAUUAUACUAGAACUCUUCGAUGUGACAUUCUAGCAAACUGCUCGGGAUUAAAGCAAAAAGAGAUUCUUCUAAUUAACAAAAAUGUCACCUGCAUUGAUUUAUCAAAAAAUCGGCUGUACAAUGUCAACAGGGCUGCAUUCUAUGGAUUCAAAAACUUGACAUUUAUCGAUUUAUCUAGAAACGUGUUAAAAAAUAUUGAAGAAGGUGCAUUUAGCGACCUAGAAAAUCUUAACUACCUAGAUAUUUCAUUUAAUAUAAAUCUUGGAUUAGCUGUUCUUCCAAACGUGACAUUUGGAUUAAACCAGACUAACAUAAAGGUGUUCAAGUUUGAGCAGAUUACCUGUCCAGGUGGGAGAAGUAAUAUUCUUCGUCGGCAUCAUCUAAUUAAUUUGGAUAACACUUUAAUUACGGAAUUAAGUAUUGCAAGUAAUCGCAUUGAAAUGUUUGAUCCAUGUGUCAUAUUCAAUUUACCAAAAACAAUUAAGAAACUUUCCAUUGCCGAAAAUCGUUUAAUAGUUGGUAAAUAUGUUCUUGAAUAUUACUUGCUCACUGGAGUUGAAAUAAUCAAUGCAAGUUUAAGGAACACACCAGCUCGUUUUAUAGAUUCGCUCUCUAGAUGUGAAGAAAAUGUUGAUGCAUUUACAUGUACGAGUAAAACGUAUGACUACAGCUGUCAGAAGAAUCUCUCACUUUCCUCAAUGCAUCAUAAUGGCUUGAUAUCUGUAUCCAUACCGCAAAAUCUACAAAUUGUUUAUGCAAACUCGAGCAAAUUAUACACACGCGUAACAAAAUUUCAACUCAAGAAAAAUAAUUUAAGAGAAAUUUAUUUUCAAAACAAUGUCAUUCAUUCAUGGAUUGGACCCAUACAAGGCGUGGAGAAUAUAACUAUUUUAGAUAUGUCGAAAAACUUUUGUUCCAAGCUUUCAAAUGAUAUUGCUGAACAUCUUACUGGCUUACUUAAACUCAAACUGGCUGAAAAUUCUUUAGGUUCAAAGUUUCAGUUCGAUAUGAAUGGUAAAAUACUUAGAAAUUUACGUCGACUUCAACAUUUAGACAUUUCCUUCAACAGAAUACAAGCACUGCCGUUCUUGUUUAUGAAAAACCUCUGUAGUCUUGUUUAUUUAGACAUUUCCCAUAAUCUAAUAUCUGACUGGAAUAUGAAAAUGGGGCACAUGAAGAAAUUAUCAGUUCUUAACUUGUCGCAAAAUAGAUUGGGGACAAUAUCAAAACAAGGUAUGGAAGAACUAAAUAAGUUAUUUGCUGUUGGAAACUUAUCUGUCGACUUGAAAGACAACAGAUUGAUGUGCACAUGUGAUAACCUGGACUUUCUGGAAUGGAUGUUAAAAUACAAAGCACAUUUUAAAAAUUACAAGACCUAUAAUUGUUCCAAUGCACGUCAAAAUAGCUUUCAGUUUCAUGACUUACACGUGUCAGUAGAAAAACUGAAAAAGGAUUGCAAAUCUUACACAGCUUAUUAUAUAUUAGUAUCCAUCACGUUGAGUUCGCUGUUAAGUUUGGUUAUUUGUAUAGCUUUGUACAGAAACAGAUGGAAAAUUCGAUACCUGAGGUAUACAUUGCUACAGAACCGUAGAAGUGGAUAUCUUCGGCUCCAGACUUCCUCAGACAACCGCUUCCUGUACGAUGCUUUUGUUUCCUAUACUAGCAAAGACAGGGAAUUCGUGAUUAAAGAUAUGAUUCAAAACUUGGAACAAGUCAAUGGCUUUCAGCUUCUCAUCCGAGAUAGAUCAUUCAUACCAGGAGAAUCAAAAUCUCUUCAAAUAGUACGCUCUAUUCAAGAGAGUAGAAAAACUGUAUGCAUUGUCUCAAAAAGAUACCUCAAGUCUGCAUGGAGAGAUUAUGAACUUAACAUGGCUCGAGUGGAAGGUGUUGAGGCCAGAAAUACGCUAAGAUAUGUUAUUCUUAUCCUCCUGCCAGAGGUGUACAGCGGUGGAUAUCCCAAAAAGAUUUCAGAUUUUUUGAAGAAAAACUGUUUUAUUGAAUACCCAGAUGAUCCCGCUGGUUAUGAGGAAUUCUGGCAAAACUUGUCCGACAGGUUGCGAGAAUGCCUCCAUGAGUAA